AUGAGAACACCGGAAAAAGAGCAUCGUCCUAAGCCAACGAUUAUUAAAAGACGUAAUUCAUCAUUUGCAUCAACUUCAAGUCCUUGGUUUAGGCGUAAUUCAUUUCUAAGUCCAAGUAUGAUUGAUUCAGAAAACUAUUCAGUUUACGAAUGUCCAAAUUACUUUAAUGAUUCUUCUUCAAAUCUGUAUAAUAUUAUUUCUUUAAAAGAAUAUCAAGGAUUUAUAUUUAAUCAAGACUUAUUUGCAUCUCCUUAUCAACAACUGAAAUCUUUAGCAAAUGAAAGGAAAUAUCGAACUUUUAGUUUUAAUCAUUCGAAAAAAUCAAGAUCAAACUCUUAUUCUAAUUUAACCUCAAGUGGAUCCAAGAUUUCAAGAAGACACACUUCUCAUUUGGACUCUCGUCCAACUUUUUUAUCGUCAAAUGCUAAAAUCAAUGAUUUAGCCAUUGAUGAUGAUGAAGAUGAUAAAAAUACCAAUUCUAAAAUGGAAAUCGAUAUACUGGCGGCGGAUGAUUUCAAAACUGCACAAACUGAAGAUGCUGUGGUUGAUGAAUACGAUGAAUUUGAUGAUCAUACUGAAUCCCCCAUCUCUAAUAACUUGUACAAAGUUCAUGUGACAGAAAUCAUGGUUAAUGAAGACGACGACAGUAUAUUCCCCAGCAUUUAG